AUGGUGUUGUCUACAUCUCCGCAGGGCAGUUUGCCGUACACUAUUCCCUUUGAGCCGUACACUGUGCAGAAAGAGAUGAUGUGCACUAUCAAUCAAUGUCUGCAGUCCUCAUCACCGCCUGUUCCCGUAGCGGCAGUGGAAGUCCCCACCGGCUGUGGGAAAACAUUGGCGCUUCUCUCAAGUGUCUUGCAGUACCAGGCGGCUUUAGGGAAAUUCACUCCAGAUGAGUUAAAACAACAUCUACAAGAACGAGAAUGUAAACAUGGAAAUGGACCAUUAAUGCAUUUAUUCUCUAAUAGGGUUUCCGAAUCAAAGAAAGGAAACAAUAAGAAGAAAAAGAAUAAAAAUAAAAAAAAGAAGGAUGAGAAUGAUGAUGAUGAUGAUGAUGAUGAUGACGAUAUGGCUGAGAAUUCCAUAAAAUGGAGAGAUCAUCAUCAUCAUAAUAAUAGUGAAGAUAAUGAUGAACAGUGGGGAGUACCAACACUAUUUUUUAAACAAUUUCGUCCUCAAACAGGGAAGUGUCUUCGUGUAGAGAUGAAUAGUACUUCUUUGGAUCUUCGUCGACAACACGGGUCUCCUCCCUGUACUGUUUUUUACAUUACACGAACACACGCACAGGUACGACAAGCUGUUGGUGAAUUACGAAAACUUAAAGAACUAAAACGAUUAAAAAUGAAUAUUCUUGGAAGUCGAGAACGGUAUUGUAUAAAUAAUACUGUAUUAAAAGCUCGUGCAAAUAAAACAUUACCGGUAGAAUGUAAUAAUUUAGGUGAGGUAUGUGAUAAACUUGUUUCUCUUGGUCAAUGUGAGGCUGUUCAUACAUAUAGUGCUCUUGCCAAUAGUGCUAUUAGUCGUCCACUUUGUAAAGGACGAACCGAUAAAGUUUGGGAUAUGGAAGAUUUAAUUGUAGAAGGUACGGGAACUCAGAGUUGUCCAUAUUAUGCAGCCAGGGAUCUUGUUUUCUUUGCUCAUAUUAAUUUUGCUACUUAUCAAUAUCUUUUAGAUCCUCUUAUUCGUCAUGAAUGUAAAAUGGAAGCGGCAUUGAGAAAUCAUUCUAUUAUUAUUUUUGAUGAGGCACAUAAUGUUCCUUUGGUUUGUCAAGAAGCAUUAUCUUUAGAUACAUCUAUUCAUAUGUUACGUCUUGUGAUAAGUGAAAUUGAACCUCUUCUUAUUUCAGCAACAUCUGUACCAACAUUGAGUUAUCCUCGGGAAUUUAAAUUAACUCAUUGGACUUUAGCAGAACUAUUUGCAUUACUUUAUGAUAUAUUUAAUGGAAUAGUAAGGUUUAUAGAAAAACAAGAUUAUUCGAUAGAAGUUCAUCAGAACUCCAAGGAGUGGAAAAAAAGAAAUAUUGAUUUCACUAAUAAUAAUAAUCAUAAUAAUAAUAAUCAUGAUGAUAAUGAAGGACGAGGACCAACUCUUCCUGGUGAAGAAAUAUCCAAUAUACUUCGAAAAUGCAUAGAAGAUCAUGUAACCCUUAUAUAUGAAAAAAAUAAAGUAAAAAAUAAAGAGGAGUUGGAUGAAUCUACUUUAUCCAUAGAAGGUAUGGUCAUGUUUCGUCAAAUUUAUGGUAUUGUAAUGACUUUGGGUGUAACAUUUAAUCCUUUUCAGUUUUCCAUAUUUACUCUUUCCAUUAUGAAACGUUGGCUUCUUGUGAUGCGAUAUAUACUACAAUAUCCAGCUGCUUUUGCUAUCAGUAUUCGUGAUGUUAACUUGAGUCAUAAUAAUAAUAAUAAUAAUAAUAAUAAUAAUAAUAAUAAUAUUAAUAAUAGUGGUAGUUGGGAAGAAGGGAUGGAUAAAAAAAUUGGUUCAUCAGAAGGGAGAAGUAUAGGAAUCCGUUGUUUAGAUGGAAGUCUUGCCUUUUAUCAUCUUCUUCGAUCUUCACAUCGUAUUAUAUUGGCAUCAGGAACACUAGCUCCUUUUGAUCAACUUGGAAAAGAUAUUGGAGUUCCAUUAUUUCAUAUGAUGACUUACGAAGGAAUACAUGUAGUGGAACCUCAUCAAUACCGAUUAACGGCUCUUACAAAAAUGAAGGAUGGUUCACAACUUCAUUGUAAUUAUAAAAACUUUACAGACAAAUCCUUUAUUCAUCAACUCGUAUCUGUUAUCAUUACUCUUGUAGAAAAGGUAAAACUAGGUGGUACUCUUUUAUUUUUUCCAAAUUAUUCCGUUAUGCGUUUGGUGGGAUCUCAACUUAUUCAACACUAUCGUAUGAUAUCUAAUAAGGCUGGAAAAUUACGUAUACCACAAGUUUUUCUAGAAACACAAACAGCUAUGGAAUUUCCUUCCCUAUUAGAUGCCUUUUGUAGAGUUACUCAUAAUAGUACGGCUAUCUUUGCAUCUGUGUAUCGUGGUAAGGUGAGUGAAGGAAUGGAUUUCGCCGAUAGUAUGGCUCGACUGGUUAUUUGUGUUGGUAUUCCUUUACAGCCGUUAAAGUCUUGGACGGUUAUUGCCCAACGUCAAUAUAGUGGAGAGGAAUGGUAUCUCACAGAUGCUAUUCGUGCUGUUAAUCAAGCACUGGGUCGUUGUCUUCGGCAUUCGCAGGAUUACGGUGGGGUUGUGCUUUUAGAUGAUCGAUAUGAGCAAGAAAGUAUGCAAAGACGUCUCUCCAAGUGGUGUCGGGAUAGUUUAAAAGUAUAUCAUUUACCAGAGUUGAUAGUGGAUGAACUGGACUCGUUUUAUAUACAAUUUAAAAAUAUAAAUAGUGAUAGGUCUAGUAAACAGGAAAAAGAGACAAGUGAGAAGGGAGAAACCCAACCUCAUCUUAUUGAGGAAAGUAAGAUUCCUAAAGUGUCUAAAAUAGAUGGAAGUAGACAAGAUAAAAGUGCUGAAGCUUUAUUUCCUUUUUCUGUGAAAUCAGUGAAAAGACCAAGACUGACUACCUGUACACAUGACUGGAGCUGUACAGCUGUGAAACUUCUUUAUGAAUCUCAUGAUUCCGUAGAGAAAGCUACCGCAGCAGAACUUCGUGAGUUAUUGCAUAUACUAGAAGAUGAGUAUAUGGAAACACAAGAAGAAUGA